AUCAGUACAAGGUGUAUUGUGGAGCUGUACCAGAUAGUCCUCAGCCAAGCAAUCUGACGGCGGAUACAAAGAAUUCUUUUAUUUUUUUUCACAAGGGGAAAGGUGCUGAGUGGAGAUCUGAAGAGUUUACUUGAGGUGAUGGGCAGUGCUGGUCGGCGACUGACCAUGCUGCAGCAGAAUCGAACUGCCUUUGAGGAUGCAAUACUCACCAACCUGGAGAAACCCAGUCACCCAAAGGGUCUCGAGUGGACCAUGGUGGAACCAUCCAGUAACCCUUCAACUCCUGAACGGACACUGCCUGUCUACUUGUCCUAUUUCGACAUGUUGCUAACUGAAGACUAUGCAUGGCUAUCUAAGGGGCUGGUGGAGCGGCCAGAGACUGACCACAUCAUGAAGACUGAGCUGCACAAAGAGCCAGAACAAUGCCCCAUAGUGGACAGUCAGGAGCUAUGUGUACCCACAGAGCUGGACUAUCAGAACAGUGUCCACUUUGAAGAAAGGUCACUAGAACAGGUUCAGACGAUGGUGGUUGGUGAAGUUCUCAAGGAGAUAGAAACAGCCUGUAAGCUACUAAACAUUGCAGCAGAUCCAAUAGAAUGGAGUGUGGGCAAUGUUCAGAAGUGGAUUCUAUGGACAGAGCAUCAAUACCGACUGCCACAAAUUGGGAAAUCUUUCCAGGAGCUCAGCGGCAAGGACCUGUGCUCCAUGUCAGAAGAGGAAUUCAGACAAAGAUCGCCGAUGUGCGGUGAUAUUUUGUAUGCACACCUGGAUAUCUGGAAAUCUGCUGCCUGGAUGAAAGAGAAGUCAUCACCAGGAGAUAACAGAUAUAAUGGUAACAUGCUGCUCACGACAUCUGAACGUUCUAUCUGCAGUGAUGAAGGAUGGAUGGACACAGAGGCAGACUCCUCCUGCUCUGGUCAACCAAUUCACCUUUGGCAAUUCCUGAAGGAACUGUUGCUGAAGCCACACAACUAUGGUCGAUUCAUUCGCUGGCUGAACAAAGAGAAAGGUAUAUUUAAGAUUGAAGAUUCUGCACAGGUUGCUCGGCUAUGGGGAAUCCGGAAGAACCGACCAGCAAUGAACUAUGACAAGCUAAGCCGUUCUAUCCGGCAAUAUUAUAAAAAGGGGAUUAUUCGGAAGCCUGAUGUAUCGCAGCGUUUGGUGUACCAGUUUGUACACCCUGUGUGAGGAGAGGAAAGAAACCUUCAGAGACUUAGUGAUGUUCACACCCCUGAACAGGUGACUGGAAAUGUCUGAACAUCAAAGGCCCGAUGCUUGCCUGAAGAUUCAGGAUGUGUUUUGCAUGCACACUGCCUGCCUGUAUUUGCAUUUCACAACUCCUUUCAGAUUGGUUUUCAAUUUAUUCUGGUGAUCAGAACAUACCUUUUUUAUCGGCCGCACCCCCAGAUUGGAUUCACUAAUUGUGAAAUCUGGUAGCGCAUUAAAACCCUGAAGUCAUGUGAUCAGAUCUGAACCUUAUUUUCUUUCUCACCACCUAGGUCCUGUUCUAUGAUUUGAACAUUUCAGUGGCCCACGUGGUUUUUUCAGUAGCCUGAGGCUUCACCUUGAGGUCUGUCCAGGGUUUUAUUUCUGUCUUUAAUAAUGAUUCUGCAUAAUUUAAAAUAUAAUCAAGGCAUAUGUGUCAUUUUAUUGGUUAUCACUAGGGUAGGCACAGGAGAUUCGGUGAGUGUGGCCUAGACAGUGGAGAGGGUCAGGAGAGUAAUUAGAUUUCUCUCUUCAGAAAAAGUCUUUAAAGAUUUAUUGACAACCAAAUAUUUCACCAAUGUAGCCACAGUGGCUCCUUAAACUAGUUUCUGUAACACGCCACACAUGGGAUUAUAGUAGUUCAUCACAUUUAACUAAUGUUUCACCCUUUGCUCUUCCUAUUUCUAUCAAUGAAAGAGAGUAACAAUGUGUGUUGCACAUUCUUAGUGCCUAGAAUUGAACAGGUGCCUAUAUAGGCUGAUGUUAAUUUUGUGUAAGUGUGUUGGUUAAAAUUGGGCCUGUACACUCUACAGCACAAGAAAAGACCAUUGGCCCCAAUUAGACUAUGUCAAAAGUUGCUCCCUCCCCUCACUCAGCUCCAACCUCAUUAUUCAUCCAGCCUUAUGAACAUAUCCUUCUAUUCCUUUCUCCUUUGCAUUUAUCUAGCUCUCUUUUAAAUAUAUCUAUGCAGACUAACUUUACUUCUUGUGAUAGCAUAUUCCUAUCACUUUUUAGAAUAAAACAUUUUCUCCCAAAUUCCCUUUGAAUUGUUUUGUGAGUCUCAUUUUUAUAACACCUCAUUUUGUGCGUAUUUUUUAUAAAUGCAUUCAAUUGUCCGGGGCCUAUCCACUGGGAUUUCCUCUAUAAACUCUUCUGUCUGUCUCACUCACUUUUCCUGAAUACACCUCUGCAGAACCUACCUUUAUGACUAAGCUUUUGACUAACUAUUAUUGCCUAAUGUGGCUUAACAUUAAAUUCUGAUUUCUAACAUUGCACUGUAGCACAUUGGCAUGAUUUAUUAAAGUUGAUAUAUACAUAUACAUUUUUUUAACUAACUCUUUCAUAUCCUUAUAGCCCUCUAUUGCAUACCUAGACUCCUCAACGUCGUUGUCUCAUUCAAAUGUUUCUUAUACAAAGGUAUGUGGCCUCUCUAUUCUUCCUAACACAAUAUAUCACCUCACACUAUCAACAUUUGGCAAUUACAUGCCCAUUCUGUGAGCUUACAAAUGUCUUUUGUAAUUUGUUGCAGUCUUCCUCAGUAUUAACUUUAGUGCCCAAUUUACUACCAUGUAAAAAUUUUGGAAUUGCACUUUCCAAUUCCCAAGUCCAAAUGUUAGCAAAAACAUUGGUGUUGAUGCCAAUCCCCUUGGAACAGCACUGUCCACCUUUUGCAAGUCCAAUAGUGACCUUUAACUCCCAUUUCUGAGCCAUAGCUAGCUUGUUAUUAUCUUUAUCAGAUCCUUAUCUGCUAACUACAUAUGACCUGAUCAUAGUCGUAAGUCCACAAUAUGGGAACCUUGUGAGACUUGGAAACCAAAUACAUUACAUUAUUACAUUACCCUUGUCUACUCUUUGUAUUACUUCAGUCAGCUUGGUCAAAUACGACAACUAUUUCUGAUGUUUUGCUGUUACAUCUUUGAGUGAAGAUUCUAUUAGCUUUCAUACACCUCUGUUAAACGAGCUACGUUUUAAUUCCCAAGGCCUAUUUUUAAAUAUGUAUGUAGAAGCCAUGACACUGAUUAUCGGGCUCUGAUGUUCUGCAAUCAGGAAGCUCUUGGGUAAGUUAUGUAUGAAAUCUGAAAUGUUGUGAAAUACAGCAGCUUUCCUCAUUCUUACAAUGGAGGACAAAUCACUCAAGCAAGACCAAACGUAUCUGAAUGUUUACCUGCUUUCAAAUAUAGUCAUAAAGAAAUGUCGCCAUCUCCAUGAGCAAGGCAGAUGCAUAUUCCCAGCUAAAGAGAGAAGUUCAAGUACCAAAUUUGACAGAAUUUUUAUAAUGAAAAAUAAUAUUGUGAGUAGGCAAAUUGUAUAGAUUUCCCAUGACUAAUCCACCUCACCCGCACAUCUUUGGACUAUGGGAGGAAACAAGAGCACCCAGAGGAAACCCUGUCACACUAAGAUUUAGAUUCCUAAAUGUCCUCAUUACAGCAAGGCUUAAUCUAGGGUGUGGUCCAUAUGACAUAUUAACAUAAAAUGCUCCAUUUACCAUGUUUUUGAAGUAUAUCAAAUAUAAUAUCAUGCAGGUUAAUGUAAAAAAAAGGCAUGGCUUUGGACCAAAACCCAUUUCUGUCUGAAGGUGAUGCCAGUGAAAAUAACUCAUAACAUCUGCUGAACCUGUAUUGCCAUCUUCACCUGCCCACCUCCCCCUUCUCUUGCUGACCCAGAAAGUUGGGUCCACUGCAAUAGUUUCUAAGAGAUCCACCAUCACUAUUUCUACUGACUGACAACAAGACCAUGAGAAUGCAAGAAAAUUGUACCACAUUUGUCACGUGUGCACAUUCAUUUCUUUCCAGUUGGAGAUCAAAUUAUCAGGGCAAGCUGCCUCUACAACAUCAAUAAGUUAGAUUCUUUAAUAGAAAAAUUAAAUUUUAAAAAAUCAAAUCAAAACAUGCCAGAAUAAUCUGCAAUUGUAUUAGACUCAUUGUUGAUUGAGAUGGAGUUUCAUGAUCUCAACAACUGCGAGGGAAGACCUCUUGCUGUGGUUUCUAAGCACAUAACUUUCCGUCACAGGUAGGUCAAUAGUGGACCUUUACCAGUUCUAGUUCACAUUUGUCUGCAUUGAUACAGUUUGCUACAGAACAAUGACUAAGCCUACUUUUGGCCACAUCAGUCAACUGAGUAGGUCUAUAAUAACCUUCAUUUGACCAUCAUCUACAUUCAUGAAGUCGAAUGGAGUUUAAGGUAGUUGAUAAAGUGUGAGUGAAUUCUGUCUAAAAGUAACCUGAGGAGUGUUCGGAUUUUACUAAAUUGUCCCUGACACUUGGUUAUGUAGUUAUGACAUUAAACAAUCCUUAGUUAAGGGGAGAAAAUAAUUAAAGGAGAAUCUAAUCAUGUUUGAAAUGAUAGUGAAAUAUAAUUGGUCUAACUCCCAGCACAGACUUAGAGAUCAUUUUGCUCUGAACUGCUGCUGGUUAUCUUGACCAGAGUCUGUCAGAGGGAUCUACUACUGAACACUGUCAGGUUAAAUUGUAUAUAAAUACUGUUCACAUUCCAGUGGGGGGAGUUACUGUUCACACUGCCUAAAUACUGCUUUUUUUAAAAAGACACUCACUAUUCAUCUUGUAAUUUUUCUGCACUUCAGGCUAAUAUGGAGACUGCAAAAACUUUAUUUAUGUGGUUUUAACUAAAGACAAUGUUUGUGUAGCAUUAUAGCUAAAAAUAGCUUAAAGUGAUUAUCACUUUGUACUUGGGUGGAAUUGAACGGGUGGCUAACGAUGGAGUGGUAAAUAAUUGAAAUGUUUACACAAAUUGGAAGGCAAAGUUUUCGAUGCUUUCCAAUUAAUGCCUAUUGAGAACGAAAUGUAAAUUUAGUGGACUCUGAAUUGCACCUAAUCCAUGUUUGAUAUUUUCACUGGUUACAAAAUGUACAAUUAGUACCUUCCCUGCAAUCUGCUCCCCUCGUCUAUGAUUAACACCCUAUACCCUAACCCUGUAAUAAAUAUGUUUCAGUUCUUUUCUUGAA